UUGUGGAAUCAUGUGAUUUUUGAACGUAGGUUACAUGUUCAGGUACGUAACGUCAUAAUUUACCACAAGGAUCUGCGGUUCUACUUCGAGCAUACGGUCACUUUCCGAUUUCUGCGGGAUUUGUUCGCCUACUACUCGUCUCAUGCUGUACGCAUCAAUAAUGCGGAUAUUAUGCUCAAGAGAGGAGUGGGAUUGGCAAAGUGGGAGAUACAGCACAAGCAAGUCACUACAGGAAAGCUAUUGGGACAAGGAGCUUUUGGUGAAGUGAAGAAAGGAACACUUCUGAGAAGUUCAGGGAGAUCGGUACCUGUCGCUAUUAAAACG